AUUUGCGGAAAUUAUGUGAGAAAAUGCUUUAAUGGAAAAAAAAAAAAAUGAGAAACCAAACUGUGACGCACAUAGAUGUUUUACCAAAAUAACCUCCUCCUUCUCCAAGCAAGUUUUAGGGUUUAUCAAAGACUUUUUCCUUUUCCCUCUUCUCCCAUGUCGACUUCUCCGUUCUCAAUCCUAAUCCAAUUCCCUCCAAUUCAUGUGACCUUCAGUUCCAAAUUCGCAAACCCAGAAACGGGUGGAAAGAGAGAUGAACAUUGAGGCUAGAGUCGGUGUGGCGGUGGACGGAGCUCUUAAUCCUGCCACCGCCGUGCAUAGCAGCGUCGUGGAUGCCGGAGCCUUGAGUUUACCACAGAAACAGCCCCAGUCGCGUUUCGGCACCGUUGAGAAUCUUCUCGCCGGAGGUAUCGCCGGCGCCUUCAGCAAGACGUGUACUGCUCCUCUAGCUCGCCUCACCAUCUUGUUUCAGCUGCAAGGGAUGCAGUCAGAAGCUGCAGUGUUGGGGAAGCCAAGUUUGUGGCGUGAAGCUUCCCGUAUUCUCAAUGAGGAAGGUUUUAGAGCCUUUUGGAAAGGGAAUCUUGUUACCGUAGCCCACAGGCUUCCUUACUCUGCGUUGAACUUCUAUGCAUAUGAGAAAUACAAUAAAUUUUUGUAUUCGAAUCCAGUGUUACAGAGUUAUUUAGGAAACGCGAGAAGCAGCCCGUUUGUGCACUUUGUUAGUGGUGGCUUGGCUGGAAUAACAGCUGCCUCAGCUACAUAUCCUCUCGAUCUUGUUAGGACACGUCUUGCUGCACAGAGAAAUGCAAUGUAUUACCAGGGGAUAGGGCAUGCUUUCCGUACCAUAUGCAGAGAAGAGGGGUUCUUGGGUUUGUAUAAAGGACUUGGUGCUACAAUGUUGGGUGUUGGGCCAACCCUUGCAAUCAACUUUGCUUCGUAUGAGUCUCUGAAAUCAUUUUGGCUAUCUCGUAGGCCAGAUGAUUCAACAUUGAUUAUUAGUCUUGGUUGUGGAAGUCUAGCUGGAGUUGCUUCUUCAACAGCUACGUUCCCAUUGGAUCUUGUGAGAAGAAGAAUGCAAGUAGAGGGAGCUGGUGGAAGAGCGAGAGUGUACAAGACAGGACUCUUUGGGACAUUCAAACACAUAUUCAGGUCAGAAGGUAUCAGAGGACUGUACAGAGGAUUAUUGCCGGAAUACUUCAAAGUGGUUCCUGGCGUUGGCAUCACCUUCAUGGUAUACGAGAGUUUGAAGAUGCUCUUAUCUCCUCCUGCUCCUUAGAAGAUUUUUAGUUUGCUUUAGCUUAGGAGAAGAAAGGAACAACAUUAACAUUCAAAUGCAUCAUCAUUUACAUUGAUUUUUUUUCCCACUAUAUGACAUUACAAUUUUGUAUUGUUCUUGUUUGACAAAUGUCUCUGUUUCUUGAUCAAAAAUCAUUUUACA